AUGGCCAUCCAAAGAACCGUCGCCAAUGCGUCUUCGGUCGCAAUAAGGAUAGGGUCCAUUGCCUUUUUCCGUGCUUUUCCUGCUCAUCUGCCGUCCAUCAUCUUCGCCCUGUUCGCCAUAUACAUCCCGUCCUUCUUGACGAGCCUGUUCUCCUCACCCGAGCUUGAAGUUGUGGGUGAUCGCGUUGAUGUCACUAUCAAAGAAGCUGUAAUCGAUGACGAUGACGAUGAGGAGCUUGUCGCCGAGGAGGUGGAUGUGAAAGAAACCAUCUCUUUUGCCGGAAAAGAUGUCCCAGCAUGGAAAAUCAUCUUUUAUGGCGCUCCUAGUUCGAAGCGACCGUUCAGUUCUCUGCUGAGCUUUCUCAUUAACCUGGUGUUUGUUGGUCUUACUGCCGACGCUCUGUACCGUGCCAGGUGGUAUUACCCGGCUAAUGACCUGUCUUUUGUGCGACUUGGGUUUGUCUCGCACAACGAGGCCAAUUUUCUUAUUCGAGAGCCCGACCAGACCAAGAUGCCCGUCACAUUCCAGAUCCGACACUACAACGGUCUCAUUUGGCAGUCUGUUGGCAGUGUGAAAGCGACCACCAAUGAGACUGAUUUCACCGGCGCGCUUACGAUUCCGCUCCUGAGCUAUACAGAGCAGCAAAAGUAUGAAUGGAGGACCUCGAACAACCACACGGGUGAACUGACGGCUGCACCCAAGCCUGGUAAGAUGCCGGUUCAGAAUGGAGGCAAAUAUACGUUUUUGUCUACUUCGUGCAUCUUACCUCGUUUCCCUUACAAUCCCUUGGACCACCCCCUUGCAAUUCCGGGCCUACGGAAUCUCGCCAAGAGAUUGCCUGAACUAAGUGCUCAGUUUAUGCUCUUCUUGGGCGAUUUCAUCUACGUCGAUGUUCCCGAGCGCUUUGGAAAGUCCGCUGAGGAGUAUCGUAUGCAGUAUCGUCAGGUCUAUGCCUCUCCGGAGUGGCCCACUGUUGGCCAAAACUUGAGCUGGAUUCAUGUCCUUGAUGAUCAUGAGAUUGCAAAUGACUGGGAUGCAAACACUACUGGUAUUUACAAAAAUGCCGUGGACCCCUGGCACAUAUAUCAAGCUCAGAUCAACCCUCCAGCUGCUAUAGCUGCAGGCACGAAGAGUGAGCGCCGCCCUGGCGCUACCUGGUUUGAAUUUGUGCAGGGUCCCGUGAGCUUCUUUAUGCUCGACACUCGCAGCUACCGAUCUAGCAACAAGACACCUUUUGAGGAUACAGAGAAGACGAUGCUGGGUGCUGACCAGUUGGCUGAUUUUCUGGCCUGGCUCAAACGCCCGGAGCCCCAGGGCGUCAGAUGGAAGUUUGUCGCAUCAUCUAUUCCAUUUACCAAGAACUGGCCUGUGAAUGUAAAGGAUACCUGGGGCGGAUUCUUGGUCGAGCGAAAGAAGGUUCUUGAAGCCAUGUGGGGCGUUUCUGCUCGAGGAGUCGGAGUUGUGGUCUUGUCUGGCGAUAGACAUGAAUUCGCAGCGACUAAGUUCCCGCCCCCGCCAGAAUCUGACUGGCCAGAGGAGGCCACUGUCUACGAGUUCUCUACAAGUCCGCUCAACCAGUUUGCUUCCCCUAUCCCUUCGUAUAAGCAAGUGGACAAUGAAGACGUUUUGAUCCAAUAUCAUCACUCUGGCAUGUCCAAGUUUGGUGCCUUUACUAUCGAAGAAGAGGAUGGCGACAGCAAGCUUCUGUAUCGUCUCUUUAUUAGUGGCGAGGAGAAGUGGAACACAACCAUCACUGCGCCGCCACUGCCCGCUGAAGAGGAGAAAAAGGCUGCUUCAGGUUCUUUCUGGGAUCGGCUUAAGAAUUGGUAA